CUUCCUCUCUCUUAUUCUAUGGGCGACACUGUUAUUGUCAAUCAAAAAUUCUCUUGUUACCGCUUUUUACUUGUGAAUUAAUUUUCCCGUAAAAUGCCACCUGUAACAAGUGAUUACGGCAUGAAUGCUGAAAGUGACUGGAUGAACGCUGCCCACAGCACUGGUACCUCUAUUAUGGCAGCGGAAUUCAAUGGGGGCGUAAUUAUUGGGGCCGAUUCUCGAACCACUACGGGAGCAUACAUCGCAAAUCGUGUCACAGACAAACUGACUAAAGUAACCGACCAUAUUUACUGCUGCCGCUCUGGCUCCGCGGCCGAUACCCAGGCUAUUGCGGACAUUGUGGCCUACCAUCUAAGUUUUCAUGGAAUGGAGUUAGGGGAAGAGCCUUUGGUGGAGACAGGGGCUGCGGUUUUUCGCGAGUUGUGUUACAACUAUCGUGAUUCCCUAAUGGCCGGUAUUCUGGUUGCGGGUUGGGAUAAACGUAAAGGGGGGCAAGUGUACUCAAUCCCCAUUGGAGGCAUGUGUGUGAGACAGCAGGUCUCCAUUGGGGGUUCAGGCUCUAGUUACGUGUACGGGUACGUUGACGCCAACUAUAAACCGAACAUGUCGAAGGAAGAGUGUGUUAAAUUCAUUACAAACACUUUGGCACUCGCAAUGUCACGCGAUGGUUCUUCGGGUGGUGUGGUUAGAUUAGGAAUUAUUACAGAGGAGGGAAUCGAGCGCAGAGUGGUCUUGGGCGACCAACUGCCAAAAUUCUUUGAGGGUUAAAUUGUAUUUUUUUCUUUAUAAUAAACACAUUUUCACCUUUACAA